CCUUCUUUGUGAGACUCGUGUGCAGCAGAAAACCAUAGUGGUGCAGUGGAGUUCAUCACAGUUCUCUGAAGAGAGCAGAGCUAUCCAACACACCUUCAGAUAGGCUCCGUUUCUCUUUGGACCUGUAUCUCAGCCCUACAACUUGAGGACUAUGGAUUUGACCUCUGGAGUAGAGAAGAUGUGGUCAGCGGCUGUAGUAGGGAAGGGUGCAACGUGUCUGUCAUGUAAAGGGAUCUGCUCUGGAUUUCUCCCCCAUUCCUGGAGAAAAGCCUGUACCCAGUGUGGCUGCGGUGUGGAAGACCACGGUCACAGCUCAGACCUGGAGGACGAUCACAAGAUGGGUCGUCUCCUCGCCAACUCCAAAUACGUCCACCUGACAGCCAAGGUGAAGGGCAUCCGAGUGUACAAACGGAACCGCAUGGUCAUCACCAACCCUGUGGUGUCCAGGAAGGACCCCACCUUCAACACCAUCACCUACGACUGGGCCCCGCCAGGACUCACACAGAAACUGGCCAUGCUGUAUAUGGAGUUGCUCCCAGAAGAAAAGCGUCCUGUAGCAGGGACUGAGGGAGCGAUGUACCGGCGCAGGCAGCUGAUGAGACAGCUGCCUGUCUACGACCAGGACCCCUCCCAGUGCCACGGGCCACUACCAGAGGAUCAGCUCCAGGCCAUGUCUGUCUUCAUGAAGCGCUUCAAAGAGGAGGCUCUAGGAGUAGGGGAGGUGGCGCUGCCUGGGGAGGGAGGCGCUAACCCUCCGCCCGUCGUCAAAGGAGAAAAGCAGAAGGACGGAACUGGGAAUGGGCAGGCCACCAAUGUCCAGCCAGACCCUGUUGAUACUCCUACCACCAAUGGGACUGGCUGCUGUAAAAUUGAAUAUCAUUGCAGUGGUUGCGGGGAGCUCGCCCCCCUGGACAGUCCUGUGGUGUAUGCAGAGUGGGCGGGCUACGACAAGCAGUGGCACCCGACCUGCUUCGUGUGUUCAGAGUGUGGAGAGGCUCUGGUGGAUCUUGUGUACUACUGGAGGGAGGGAGAGCUGCUCUGUGGAAGACACUACUGCCAGAGGACCAGACCACGCUGUUCGGGAUGUGAUGAGCUGAUCUUCUGUGAGGACUACAAGAAGGGGGGAGAUGGCCAGGCGUGGCACCAGGACCAUUACUGCUGCUGGCGGUGUGGCCAGAGUCUUGACAGCCCCUGUUCCUGUCCCCAAACACCCAGCCCCAAGCCUGUUUAGGCCCUCCACCACCCAGCCGUAACCAAGACCGCUUCUGACAGUUCCUGUCCCCAAACACCAAGACCAGUUUGACAGGCCCAUGCUCUUUACACCAAACACCAAGACUGGUUUAAACUCCCCCUUUACCCACCCACCAGCAAAGCCAUUACACCAAGGCUGGCCAUCUUCUAGAGAUAAAAUCACAUAAUAUGUAUAUGAUAAUGAUGUCACUGAGCUAACCCUUCUCUCGGGGACCUACAGUACCCCUGCAGGAUUUCCAUUAAUUUCCUUUUAAACCUUUAAUAAAGUCCUCAGUGAUUGGUUGUGAA